AAGAAAGAAAGAAAAAUUGCACCCUUCCUAAUUCUUUCCCCACCCCAUAGGGUUAAAUCUACUCAGAAAUAGAACGAGGAAAGCGCCCCAUCUCCCAAACUCCUCCCUUUUCCCCCUUCGAGCCAAUCCCCAACUCCCUCCAGCUUCAAGCUCCUCCUCUCUCGGUCUCCGAUUGGCUCUUAACUCCAUGGCCCGUCUUCAUCCGAUGGAGAAGGCCAAUCCGGAGGCUGACGCUGCUAUGGUUCUAAGACUUACUUCGAUCGCUUCUUCUUUUUUUUUUUCCUUCUCCCUUUGCUUUCCCGCGAGGCUUUCUGGGCGUCGUAGUCCCCGCCUGCGUCCUUCCCGCGGAGUUCCGAUAGCGCGAGGACUACAAAACCCAGAGGGCGUUUCGGCGCCCAUAGGCAUUUAAUACCAUAGCGGGCAACCGGGCACAAUCUGUCUUUAGUUGCUGAGAUAAGCUUAGAAGGUUAGGAAAGGUUGGUUUAUUUGGAAAAACAUGAGCGAAGGUGGAAAGCAACCCUCUGCAAUGACGGACAAAGAAGAAUUUGUCAAUUUCUUCCCCCAAAUUCUCCGAGACUUGUUGGAAAACAAACUUCACGUCCCUGAAUUGUCCAAUGCAGUCUCCAGGUUGAAAAGGGUGAUCGAAUAUAACACCGUCGGUGGUAAAUACAACCGCGGAUUGACGGUGGUGGCCGCUAUUCGGGAACUAGCCAAACCAGACCAACCAGACCCAAAGACUUUCCGCAUCGCCCUGGUUGUGGGUUGGUGCGUUGAACUGCUCCAGGCGGUUUUCCUCAUCGCCGAUGAUAUCAUGGACUCGUCGAUAACGCGCCGAGGCCGACCAUGCUGGUACAGACAGGAAGGGAUUGGUUUGGACGCUGUGAAUGAUGCGUUUCUGGUGGAAUCCAGCGUUUACCAGCUGCUGAAGCGGCAUUGCCGAGACCAGCCGUACUAUCUGAAUUUAAUAGAGCUUUUUCUUCAGUCAUCCUACCAGACCGAGCUGGGCCAAGCCUUGGAUCUAUUUCACACCAAUCUGGAUUCCUUCACGGAAGAAAGGUACAAAGCCAUCGUGAAGCACAAAACAGCCUAUUAUUCCUUUUAUUUGCCGGUGGCGGCUGCGAUGUAUAUGGCUGGCAUCGAGAGCGAAGAAGAGCACGCGCACGCCAAGGCCAUCCUUCUCGAAAUGGGGGAAUUUUUUCAAAUCCAGGAUGAUUUCCUUGACAAUUUUGGGGACCCCCAAGUGACCGGAAAAAUAGGGACGGAUAUUCAGGAUAACAAAUGCAGCUGGUUGGUGGUACAGAGCCUCAAACAAGCAUCUCCCGAGCAGAGAAAGAUUUUGGAGGAGAACUACGGUCAAAAGGAUCCGGAGAAAAUUAAUCGGGUGAAGGCUCUCUACGAAGAACAGGAUUUAAAAGCCGUUUAUAAAAACUACGAAGAAAACAGCUACCAACAAAUCGUGGGUUUAAUCGCUCAACACGCCGUCCGUCUGCCCGGCCGGAUUUUUCUUGAUUUAGCCAACAAAAUCUACAAAAGGCAGAAAUAAUUUCUGCAGAGAAAUCUGGAUUUUGUUUUUAUUUUUAGCUGGGACUUGAGAUAAAAAAGCAAGCAUUUUCUUUAGAACGGUUGUGGGCUCAUUCAGAAACGGGAAAUUGGGAGGGGGGAGGAAAAAAACAGGAAUAUUUUCCUUGGGUUACACCCUCAACAGGAUUUUAUUUUUAUUUUUCUUUCGAUAGGGGGCGCUACUUAGGAAGGCUGGAUAAAUUACAUUUUUCGUCGCCAGAGGAUAAAACCAGAGAUUUAUCUAAGGGAUUUUAUUUUUGAGUGGUGGGGUGGCUUAGAGGUGGAGCCUCUUGCCUCACAAUCUGGAGGCUGUGAAUUCGAACCUAGGGGGAGGCAGAUAUUUCUCUCUCUGGGCACAAUGAGAAUAUAUCUGCCGAACAAAACUCCGCACUGGCAACAGGUAGGGCAUCCGGCCAGGAAAACACUCAGCUCCAUUCAGUUGCCCAGACUCCACCCACAAAGGUCAUUAAAAGGUGUUGCAGGCUGUUGUUUUCCAUUUUGUUCAUCCUUCCCGAGCCUCCGAUGGGGCCGUGAAUCCUUGCCACCAGGGUUGGCGGUUGAGGAGGAUUGGAACUGUAGUCCAUUUAGGAAACGGAUGAAUUGCUGCUGGGACGUUACUGGUCUUCGACGCCGGAUGAGGCUCGCUAAGCUGGGAUCCGUCUUUGGGUGAUGGCGGUGAGGUUUUUUUAAGGGGCUGGUUGGAAGACUUUGUAACCACCAAUAAUAAAUUAUUUUGCAAUUGGAUUUUGUGUGCUGAAAA